AUGUCUGAUAUUCGUCGAGAUUAUGAUAGAAGUUUUUCAAUAACAAAAUCUACAAUAAAUAAUGAUAAUCGAAAAGAUAAAGAUGAUAUCAAUGGACAUUAUCAUCAGAAAAGAACAAGUUCAACAAGAUCAAUUGAUCAAUCAAAUUCUCAACGAACAUCAAAUAUUGAAUCAAAAGUUUAUGUUGGAAAUGUUCCAACAGAUAGUUUAACUGAUAAUGAAUUAUUAGAAUUUUUUACAUCAUAUGGAAAAGUUUCAGAUAUUCGAGUAUAUAAAGGUUAUAUAUUUGUACAAUAUGAUAAAAUAGAUGAUGCAAAAAAAUUAAUUAAACAAGGUCAAACAUCAUUAAUGCUUAAAGGAAAUAAACUUGAUGUUUUACCUGCUAUGGAAGCAAAUUCAAAUAAUAAAGAUUCAACUUUCAAAGAUCAUAAAAGACAAUCAUCAAGAAGUUCUCGUCGAUAUUCUGAUCAAGAUCGACAUUCAUCAAAUUAUGAAGCACCAAGAAAACGUUUUACAUCAAAACAUCAAAUUGAUGAUCAUCAUCGACGAAGAUCAAAUUUUGACGAUGGUAAUGUAAUGGAAAUCGAUGAUAAUCGUCGUAUAUCAAGAUCUUCUACAAAUAUUAUAAAUCGAUCUUCAAAUAAUCAUUCAUCUGAUUCAAUAAUUCGUCAUCAACAACAACAUCAAUCAUGUUAUACAGUUUUAAUUGGAUCUGAUGAUCCAAGACAAAUAAUUGAUUGUCAAAUAAUUCUUGUUAAUCCUCGUCAAAGAAAUUAUGGUGAAGAAAUUUCUUCACGUCUUCGUUGUCAUGGUCUUAUAACAUCAGUUGUACUUCUUCGAGAAGAUUAUACAUUAGUUGAAGCAAUUGAAAAUGCGACACAAGAACAAUGUCUUUAUGGGAUUAUUGCAAUGCCAAUGCAUGAGGAACGACGUACAGCAUCUUUUCAUAUUCUUUAUGGACAAACAGAAGAACAUCGAAAUUUAACAUUAGAUGAUGGUUAUCAUAUAAUAUUAACAAAUUUUUCAACAUACAAAGAACGUAUUCGAAAUGAAGAAUUAAAUGAAACAUCUAAUGAAACAAUAAUUUAUCCUCAAUCAAAAGAAUAUAAUAAUAAUAAUAAUCAAGAUCAAUCCAUUUCAUUAAUAGGAUCUACAUUAACAUUGGGAGAUAAAUUACCAUUAUCAAUGUUAUUAUGUCUUUUAGCUGAUGGAAGACAAUUAACAUUAGAUGAAAUUGAUCGUGUACUUGUUUAUUUACUUGAAAAAAAAGCGAAAAUGUUAACUUUACCUCAAGGAACAUUACCACCAUUACCUGUUCAAUAUGCAACGGCUAAAAUUAAUCAUUCAACAGAUCAAAAAUCUCAUUCAACAACAUCAGAUCAAACAUCAUCUUCUGAUUUAUCUUCAACAAUAGCUGAACAAAUUCGUCAAAUUUUUUCAACAAAUUUAGUUAAAUCUUCAUCUUUAAAUUCAACUGACGAAAUUUCUUCUAUUCAACAUUUAACACCUAAAAAUGGUUUUGAUUCCUUAACAGAUAGAAUGAAAAAUGACGAUACAAAUAAUUGUCAAUCAAAAAAUUCGAAUUUAAAAAAUGAAAAAGAUUAUAAUAAUUAUCAAUCACAAGGAAAUAAUCAUUUUCAAGAACAAGAUAAAAAUCAAUCAUCAUUUUCUUCGUUUAAAUCAAAUUCAAAUUCUUUACCUAAUGUUACACCUUCAUUUCAUUAUUCAUCAUCAUCUUCAUCAUCAUCAACAAUACCAACAAAUACAACUUCUUCUCAAAAUUCAUUUGUUGCACCAAUAUUUUCUUCUUAUGAUUCAAGAAAUCAAUCAUUAACAUCAAAUUCUCUUUUAGAACAAUCAUCAUCAUUAGGAACAUCGAAUUUUGGUUGUCAGUCAUCACAAUAUUUCUAUCCACCACCGUUAUUACCACCACUACCAUCGUCAUUAACAUCAAUUCAAAAUCAAAACCAAAACCAAAAUCAAAAUCAUUACCCAACAUUACCGAAUUCAUCAGCAGCUGAUGCCGCAGCAGCUAUUUUUCAAGCAUAUUCACAAUUCAAUGCACGACCAUCAUCAGCACCUUCGAUUAAUAAUCAACAACAGCAAAUUCGAAAGUAA